UAACUUUUUAAAGCAUCUGCAUGAUGGGUUUGUUUGAAAAUGCUGCAGUAUUAGGACAUAUUUGUGUAUGUGAAAGCACUGGAGAAAAUUGCAUGAUAUCAUUUAGGCUUAUCUACAAUAGCUUACAUACAAUAACUCAUUUUACAUCAAAAACAUAUAUCUGAAUGAGCUGAAGGAAGGGUGGGAUUGAAAUGCACAGAUUUCCUGCUGGUUUAAAAACAUUCCAUAUGUCACAGCAUCAUGUAACUCCUAUCGGGAAAACAGACUACAGAUCUGAAUGCUAAAUAUUGGUAUAAUCUUCUAAUUCUAUUCAGUUUAAGGAUACUGAGAUUAAGCACAUAAAUACUAAAUGAACAAUACAUUUGAUUUUUAAUGUGGAUCAGGUUUUUGACACUAAACAGACAGGAAAACUCUAUGUUUACCAAUAUAAAAAUAGUGUUCUCCUUUUUCUCAGUACAAGGGUUUCUCAGUACACAGCUACCUCAAAAAUAAGGAUGCUGCACUCUAACUUCUCAUUAUAAGGCUCCGUAUUAUUAAAAAAAAAAAUGAAGGCAUUCUGCCUUCGUACUGUGUGUAUAACCUUUAUAGCAAACCAUUCACUAUAGAAUGCAAAAAUCCACCUCCAGGGAGAACUAUAGGUAGUUAAAUAUUUAGAAGGACUAUAAUUAAGGAAAUAGUGUAGCAUGGCUUACCAUUCUUUUGGUAAAUAGACACUGAAUAUUUUUGAAUAAAUGGAUUUAGCAUAGACACAGGCCAGGACUGAAAUACCUACAUGUACCAAAAUAACCUACCACGAGUAGGUGCAGUAACAUGACCUGUCAGGUAACCCUCAAGAUGAAGGUUGAGUGGACCAGAGUAAGAUAUUAAUGAACGGAUGGACUCUGCUGGUAAAAUCGGCCAUCCCACCAUGACAGCUGAUGUGUCAGAAGCUGGGGAAUUGUGUCUGGAACCUCUAGUCACUUGCAAGCUAUGUCUCUGUGAACAUUCUCUUAAUAAGAUGACCACUCUUCAAGAAUGCAGCUGCAUCUUCUGUACAGCGUGCCUGAAGCAGUAUAUGCAGCUGGCAAUUCGAGAAGGCUGUGGUUCUCCCAUCACUUGUCCAGACAUGGUGUGCUUGAACCAUGGGAUCCUACAAGAAGCAGAGAUUGCCUGUUUGGUACCUGUUGAUCAGUUUCAGUUAUACCAGCGACUGAAAUUUGAACGAGAAGUCCACUUGGACCCAUGCAGAACGUGGUGCCCUGCUGCUGACUGCCAGACCAUGUGCCAUGUUGAACUGAUUGACUCAGGGCAAGCAGUGCCUGUAGAAUGCCCAGCUUGUCACCUGAAAUUCUGUUCAUCCUGCAAAGAAGUGUGGCACCCACAGCACUUGUGCCAGGAAAACCAACCCAUUGUAAUACCAACUGAGCAGGGAGCACUUACCAGGACUGACACAGAGGCUCCAAUUAAACAGUGCCCAGUGUGCCGGAUUUAUAUUGAACGAAAUGAAGGCUGCGCUCAAAUGAUGUGUAAGAACUGCAAGCAUACAUUUUGCUGGUACUGCCUACAGAACUUGGAUAAUGAUAUCUUCUUACGACAUUAUGACAAAGGCCCCUGCAGAAACAAACUGGGUCAUUCUCGAGCCUCAGUUAUGUGGAACAGAACACAGGUUGUGGGGAUCCUGGUGGGAUUGGGUAUCAUAGCGCUGGUGACUUCUCCCUUGCUGCUUGUGGCAUCUCCGUGCAUCAUCUGCUGUGUCUGCAAAUCCUGCAGGGGCAAAAAGAAAAAGCAUGCCCCACCGACAACCUAAAACUGACUGUUUCUUCCUCAGUCUAUAUAGUAGAUGUAUGUGAGAAAGCACAAAGAUUGGGUUUUGGUGCCAUACCUACCAAUAAUUCUCCCUCUACUUGCCAAAGUUGAGGCUAAGAGCCUAUUGUUUUCAGACCACUAUAUUGCUAGCAAACCACAGUUGAGGAAAUGACUGGGGGAUUGUAGUGUGUAAAUGUAAUUUAAAAAAAAAAAAGGUCAUGGUCAAGUAAUUCAGCCACAAAUAUGAUCCACCUUUAAAACGGUUAGAAUCUUGCAGAAAGAGGGAUCUUCCAGAAUCUGAACAUGUAUUUAUCCUGCAAUAUUGUUGUUCUUCUGCUUCUGUAGAACCAGUCAUGCAGCCAGUAGAGGGAGUACAGGCAAAUGAACAAGCCCACUUCUUAGUACUCUGCUGAUUUGUAAAGUAAAAGAAGAAGCAUGUUGCCAUUAUCUGCUGGCUUGUGACCUAUCUAAAAUAACAAAUAUAUAGUUACAUAUAUUUGAUAACUUCCCUUCAAUUAGAUGCCACAGCAUUUUGUGUUGAAGGGGUGAGGUGGGGGAGGGGAAUACUAGAGAAAUAAUGAAGAGGAUAUUUACCAAGAAUGGAUUCUGGUAAUUAUCAUUUCAUAACUAAACGAUUGUAUUGUACGGAUUGUACUUCAGUGAACACGCACUCACUUAUGCCACACCAGUGAUUUUUGGUGUAUUACACCAUUACCAAUGAUCUACACCACACUACAAACUAUGUUUAAAUUAUAUUAUUUAGGUGUAUUACCUAACAACUAUGAAAAUACCACAGUCGACACAAAUAUAAACCCAGAUGGUAUAGCUAUUGCACACUCUGAUCUUAAUUGGAUAUUCAUUACUAUGAAAAAGGGGCCAAACUAGCUGCUGUUGUCAAUGGUAUUUUUACUAUUGAUUUCAGUGGGAGCAGUAGCAACCAAUAUUCUUUCCUAUU